CGAACUUACGUGGGACGACUUUGCCUUGUAGAAGUAUGAAUAAAAAAUUAAUCACGGUGCGCCGAUUCUGAUGCCUCGUUUAUGGAGACUUAUAUUUCAUUGCGGUCGUUGUGCUUAACGGUGCGGUCCAUCCGUUCAUUUUCUUAUUUUGAGGGUUACUUAGGUUACUUACUAUGAGUGCUAUUUUUCCAGUAAUUAGCGACGAUGGUUUAUUGGAAUAUUUACCCGUUACUGCAACAAACCUUGAAGGUGCCAUUGAUGUAAUACGCAAAUCGUUCUUCAUCGACGAAGCAGUAUGCAAAGCCGUCGAAGUGUCGACUAACCCGGAAGCUGCGAAAGAAUUGGAAGAAUUAUGUUACGCGAACGCGAAAGAUGGAGUGUCCUUACUUGCGGUUGAAAGAAGCACCGGACGAGCCGUCGGGGCGCUGUUCAAUAAACUGCAAGUGAAAAACGACGUGGAGGACACUUUUUUUUCAACGUUUGCGGCAAAUUGUAAACAUGCAAGCUCGAAGGCUUUGGUAGAAUUUAUGAUUACUGUUGAUGAAGAGGCCGACCUAUUUGAGAUAUCCCAAGCGGAUUGUUUGCUCGAAAUGGUAUUUAUAGCGGUUUUACCAGGCUACAGAGGCCGUGGAAUUGGAUUAAAAUUGUUCGAAAUAACCAUUGGUAUUGCAAGAGCUUUAUUUAAUGGAAAGAAUGUAAAAACACCUCUCAAUGAACAGGACUUACCUAUUGGACCUAUUCCAAAGGGCGUCUGUUGUAUUCUUACAUCUAAAUACAGUCAAACACUUGGAAGGCAGUUAAAUCUAUCUAUUGCAAAAAAAAUAAGUUACGAGAAAUUCACUUUUGAAGGGAAAACCUUCGCUGAAAGGCUUGGACCAGAAUAUCCGAGUACAACUGCGGAGUACCUAACGUUUUAGUAAUGCACAUGAAGCAUAUAGCAAACAGUAAUGUUAUUAGUUUAAAUAAACAAUUUUACCUACCUAUGAUUUGUUAACGGCGCAUAUUAUUAAUAAUCGAUUUCAUUUAAAUCUCACAUUCAAACUAUACCUACAUAUAAAAUGCUCUAGAAUCUUCCAAAAAAUAUUCAUGUGGGAUUCAGAAACUCUUGUGUCGACACAAAAAGUGUAUCAAAUAGGUUAACACAUAGGUAGGUACCAAAUGUGGUCGAUUGUGAACUUUCGAUAUGAUGUCCGUAAUGUUAUCUAAAUUUCCCACAUGUUAUAGGUGAGUCAAACUAUUUUGGAAGGGUGAAACGGCAUAUAAAGACUGAUUCAAAUUCGAGGGUCACCAUGGGGAUCUGGCGGAAACUGUAAGAUAUAGAUAGGUAGUUUAAAUUUCAGUUGCGUAUUUUGAUGCUUAAAAUAUGCCGGGAACUGAAAAAAUUCCGACUACUUUCGGAGAUAGGUACCCGGAAAAAAACGAAAUUUUGCAAAAUCUUUUUUAUUUUUUAUUUAAACAGAAAUAAAUGACACAUUAUUAUGGCCACUUUUAUCUCUCUACAAGAUGCUAGUUUUAAAUUUUAUGUCUGACGUUUCGUCACCGGUUAACCACCAUCAACUUUUUCUUAUGGAAGUCAUUUUUACUUUUUGUGUCAUAUUUGAUAGAGCAUUUUUGAUGAUUUCAAAACUAUGAACAUCACUAUUUUUAAAUAUUGUUACAAUUUAAAGUUACAGCAUUUCCUGGAACUUAAACUUAAAGGUGUCUAUAUUUUUUUUAUUUGUUAGUAUAGGUACGUAUCCUACAAGAUUGAUAACCAAAAUGGUUUGGUGAACACUUUUUUGUAAAGUAAUCUGAUAGUUUGCUUAAUUUAAUACUCUGCUGUACAAGAAAUGUGAACGUUUUUUUAAUUUUGUUUUUUUAUAAAAUGCGUGUCGGCAUAACUGAAUUUUUUAAAAAAUAUAUAUAAAACAAGCUUUAUCUACUUAGUCAUGAAUCAAUUGAAAGAUUGAAUUAGACCGUGAAAAAAGUGCCUUAACCUAUAUUUGAAAUAGGGAGGCUUGGAAUAUUUAAACAGGUAUGUGGUUUUUUUUUAAAAUGUACUCAAGCUGCUCUUGAUGAUAAAUAGUGGGAGGGGGCCGCGAGCUCUGGGGGUGUAAAAAACGUUUGUCUGAAUAGCGUAGCACUGCAAAUGAGUGUUGGAAAUCUUUCGGUACUGCAGUCUGUUUGAUUUUAGUUGUCACAGCGGAUAUCUCGGUUACUGUUAGAUAUAUGGCAAAAUGUUAUAGAAGAAAAGUUGUUUCACAUUUAAUUUUGUAUUAUUUAUUACCUACAGUCAAAAAAUGGGACAACCUUCGUCGCAUAAUGUGGUGGCGUCAUCGUUUUUGUUUGUUUAAAUAAAAUGAACUACUUUAUG